AUGACGCCCGUCCGUAAACCCCCCUCGAUCUCCGUGAAGACAGAUGAAACAGCUGAGGGAUUCAAGAUGCAUCAGCCCACCUAUCAGCGGUUGUUCCAAACGGCCUUGCUCGUCGUCUACUGUAUAGGAGCCACGGCACCUUUGGGAGCUCGAAGUCAACGGCGCUUGCCAGAGAGGCCAAUUGUGUCCAUCUACUCUUCGCCCAGCUCUGGGCUCAUCGACACCUUUUGGGAUCCUGAAGGUCCUAUCAAUUUGGAGAACCAAUUAGCUUUGCUAAGGCUUGAAGUGACGCACUUCGCUGGCAAGCCUGUCGGCGUUCCGAUUGAGAAAUCCGCGACGGCCUUCGUCCUUCCCCCGCUCUCCGGAGACGACCUGUACUCGGAAAUUGAGGAUGUGGAGGAACUCAGGUCAUUUGUCAAAUCUGGUGGUCUCGUAAUCGUUCAUGACUCGCUGCGGCUCCCUCGCGCGACGCAAGACCUUGUCGCCGACAUCCUCGGCUACAACGGCAUCUGGCAGUACUGCGAAUCUGUUACAGACAACACCCGUCAUGCUCUGGACACCGCAAUCUCUUCAACCACCUACGCCCGCGACUUUUUGGACGUGCAGUGGCCAACUCAGCUGGAGGACGUUCGUACCAUUCAGGUUCACAGCUGGUGCAAGCACGAGGAUCCGGACGCGUUGUCGUACCCGCUGUACACCCUGGGUGGGGACUCCAUGAAGGUGGUGGCGCAGGCCUUCACCCGGGUGGGCUCCUCCGGUGCUGUGGUGUGGCUGGGUUACAGCUGGCAGGACGGGCCGCAGCAGGGCUGGGGCGAGAUGCUGGGCCGAGUCAUUGACGGCUUCCACCAAGCCCUCGCCUUCGACGCCAUCCGCCCCGUCGCCCUCGCCUUCGACGCCAUCCGCCCCGUCGCCCUCGCCUUCGACGCCAUCCGCCCCAUCACCCUCGCCUUCGACGCCAUCCGCCCCGUCGCCCUCGCCUUCGACGCCAUCCGCCCCGUCACCCUCGCCUUCGACGCCAUCCACCCCGAGACCGCGCGGCGCUUCCUGUGGUUCCGAAACUUGACUGCACAUGGCGUUCAGGGUGCAAGCAGGCCUGUUGUUUGGUACGACGACAAAGAUUUCAAUGCCCAGCUCAACUUGCACUACAACAACAGCAAGCUGUGGCUGAUUAAUCGUGACCUGCAGCAGUCGCAGAAGCAAUGCGAUAAGCAGCCGCCGUGCCGUGUGUGCCAGCGAGCUUGGUACCCCUACAACGGCAGCCGCACUGUGGUCUUGUACUUCCGCGAGCCCGUUGUCCUCAAGCGGAUUGCCGUUCUGGAGCUAGCGGGCAAGGCUGUGGAGGAGAUUUUCCUGCUCGGCUGGCCUGCCGUACCUAUCCAGAAACUGGGUCUCAACGUAACGCGACUGUAUGACAACGUGACGUACGACGACGUCUUUACACGCUUCACUCGUCGCCGGCUCAGCGUCUGUGCCACGCAAGUCGAGGCGAUCGUCCGAGGCCCCCGCGAGGAUGUUCCGGAUCGGGUGCCAUUACCUCGCGUGUACAACCAGUCGUACCUGCCACCCGCCUUCCGCGAUCGUGCAGUCGGCGGUGUCGGGAUUCGGCUGGCGACGGUGCCCCACGGUAAGGUGCGGUACCAAAUUGGCGAGACUGCUGUAGCUGCCGCGGAUCCGAUGAAGCAGCCGGUCGAGCAUUCUGAGGUAGCGGCGCCGGCCUGGUCCGCGGACUUGGCGGCCGAGGGAGCUCUUCAGUGCCUCAUGCAGUUUGCAGUCAGGCCCCUGACUUUAAGUUUGCACCCAAGCAAGGGGCUGUCGGUGGCAGGUCGCGGACCUCCCAACUACAUGUAA